AUGUCAUUAUCAAAAGAAGUUAUCCUUAUGAUACUUGAAAGAUAUGAUUAUACAUCUUUUAAUGAUGUUAAAUCUUUAUAUUUUGUCAAUAAGAUGUUUAAUGAAUUUAUCAAAAGUAUUUUAUUAAACAUUUUUGCAGAGAAAAUCAAUAACAAAACUCAACUACAAAUUAAUAAUUUUAUUAAAGAUUGUGAGGUUGAUGAAUUCAAUAGAUAUUAUAUAAUAUUUAAAAAAUGGAUUAUUAGAAAAAAACUUGAACAAAAUUUAAAUAAUUACUAUAAAAAUUCAAUUCAUAUUGUUUUGAAGAUAUUGGUUCCUAAACCUGUUUUUAAUUUUAUGACAAGAACAUAUAUUUAUUAUUUUAAUUAUUCAAAUCAGUUUAUACGUAAUUUAAAUACAAAUGUUAGUUAUAUGAUUGAAAAUAAUUUAAAUUUUAAGUCUAAUUUGGUAGAAAUUAGAGAUGAAUUAUAUAAAUAUGGCACUUUAGAUACUGGAAUAGUACUUAUUUUAACAGAAGAAUGUUUUAAAAUUAAUUCUGAUAAUUUAAUUGAAUUCACCAGUUCAGAAUAA